AUGAAUCGAUCAACCAGAAGAAAGCGACUGGCGUGUGCAGAGUGCACCCGGCGAAAGAUCAAGUGCGAUAAGGUCGUGCCGUGUCGGAAUUGCCGACAUAAAGGCAGCACCUGCUAUCGCUCACCACACAUCUCUCCUUACUCGCGGGCGACUGCCGGAUCUCCACAGAUUACCCAGCGCAGUGGAACCCGCCCAACGGAACUGACUGGAACCCUCGCUGCCUGCCUCAACGAGCUGCAAACUACAUUGCAGGCAGUGAGGACGCACGAGAAAUCAAGCCCCAGCUUUAAUGACAGCGAAGUGUCUUUUUCCGCGGUACCGGAAGGCAUAUCGACUCGAGCACCGUCGGAGGUGGAGAAUGCCAGUCCCUGCCGCGAGACGGCCGAAGUGGAGGAUGCCGCGACAAUCUUGGAAUUUUUGGCAUGGGGCCGACGGAAAGUCCCCGAUUUCGACGGUCUAGUUGGAGAUCCAAAUUGCACGCCUGCACAGUCACCCGGAGAUGUAUCACUACAGGGUGGCCCUGCAGACCUUCCUCAGUUGCGUUUCAAGGAUGACGCGUCUUCACUUCCACUCCUACAGCUGUUGCUUCCCGAGCCACCCACUUUACUGCGAAUGGUUAAUUACCACUGCGAAUGUCUUCUGUGGUAUCACGCUUCAUUUCAUGGGCGCAUAUUCCAGGAAGAAGUCGAUGGUUUUAUCAAAAAACACCAUGGCCGUAUUGAUAAGCAGGAUGUCGAUCUUCAGUGGGCUGCGCUUCUCUUUGCUGUGCUGGCAGGAAGUUUGAUAUGUGCGCCCCGUUCAGUGUCUACUUCGUGGGGAUUUCAAGAUCCUGAACGUACCAAUUUGGCUCAUCGGAUUUUCGAAGCUGCCCUGGUCUGUCUGAACCUGGCGGAUUUCACUGCUUGCCAUUCCUUAUAUGGGAUCGAGUGUAUUGCAACAAUGACAAUAAGCGCUCACUUGCUGGGUCAUUCUAAUAGCCACUCUGUCAAGCUUGCAUCUGCUGUCCGGAUCGCGCAGAGCUUGGGUAUGCACCAACUAGGCGAGGAACCCGAUGAACAUCUAAGUAAUCCAGUACGGAGGGAGAUCGGUCGACGAUUAUGGACGGAGCUAUGUAUCCAGGAUUGGUUUUCAAUUCCCUUUUCAGAAAGCUAUUUGAUUCAUCGCCGAGAUUUUAAUACGGGCAAGCCUCGAAAUUGCAUGGAUGAUGACGGAAUGACCCCUGUCCCAGACAAUAUACCAACUCCUGUGACCUACCAUCGUUUCCUAUACGACAUUGCAACACUGAUGCCCCAGCUUCAUGACGACCUAUCUGCAUCGCACACAUUGUAUACAAAAUAUGAGCAUGUCAUUCAAUACGACACCCAAAUGCGCACAUUGGUCAGCAAACAUAUUCCUUCAUGCCUACGCAAUACUACUCUCCAGCCAUCUUGGCCGUGCUACGUACCUUGGGCACGGCACUGCCUGACUAUUAGCUCCGCUCACAAAAUUAUCAUGAUUCAUCGCAAAUUCCUCUGGUCAAGCUUCACCAACCCGGCUUUUACAUUUACCCGCAAGACCUGUAUCGCCGCGGCGAAAACCAUAAUUCGGGAGCAGAAGCAACUGGUUAGGGAGGAUGGACCGGUACUCUGGAUUUAUCAUGCGUUUAGCGUGGCAGCGAGCGUAAGUAUCCAGCGAUCGCUUAAUGUCCUACUACAUGGAUACUUACCUCACUCCAGAUCAUACUGUGCUUGGAUCUUUUCUUCCAUCCGCUCCCUGAAUGUGAUCAACGAGAGAAUCGCGAGUUAG